AUGUUCUUGCAUCAGCUCGACCUCACUACCGCACUGCGCCCGUCGCUCCUGCCGGAGGAGACGCUCCUUUUCGUCCAAGACGCCGUCGGGCUUUAUGAGGGGAAGUUCAAGAUUCCCCAGUACCAGAAUGGCCAGUCAUACUUGACUUCACAUCGUGUCUGCUACGUUGACCAUAGCGAGCCACGCAAGAACUCCGUCGCCAUCUUCCUCAAGGAUGUCGAGAAACCAGAGUUCUAUGCUGGCUUCCUCAAGUCGUCACCCAAGAUCACACUUUAUCCCAAGCCCCUGAAGCAGCUGUCGCGUGGCUCGCCUAUACCCCCGAAUCCACGAGUCGCAUCAUCGUCAUCAACUCCCCCACGACAUAGCAGUCCCGCACCGCCACCUCCGGCAAGCGCAACGUGGGUGUGUCCCAUAUGUUCCUUCUCGAACCCGGUUCCAUCCAAUUUCGAUCCCGCGCUUGCCUCCCGCACGCCCAUACCGCCAUGUCUAGCAUGCGGAAUCAAGCCGCCUACAGUACAUGUAGUCAAAGCAGCCAUAGCAGCAAUCUCAAACAGACCAGCGCCGGGCCCGCCACCCAAAGACACGAAGAGUAGCGCUCCUGCCCCUACAAACAAUGGAGGGACGUCGUCAUGCCCAAGGUGUACCUAUCAGAACCAUCCUUCUCUGCUCAACUGCGAGAUAUGUGGUGCAUCUUUAACAACGGCCGUGGAUAAGAGAUUGGAUACUCUCCAAGAUCUCGAUAGAUCGCAGUCCCCUGGACCAGUCCUCUCAUCACCUUUGCAGUCUGAAUCUGUCGAAUGCAUCAAGAUAUCGUUCCGCGCAGGUGGAGGACCGAUAUUCUACGAGCGGUUGAAGAAUGCUUUAGUUCAGCGUAAAUGGUUGCUCCAAAGCGCUCCGCCAAUUCCCAAGCCACGGCCGUCUUCAGGUACCUUUGACGACAGCUAUACGGCUAUGUCUGACGGUUCAUCGGCAGAGGUCGACCGACCUCGUGUAGUUGGCAUUGCGGGGCUGGAGCGACGAGGCUUGGAGCAAAGACAGAACAACGAGGCCAUGAUAGGCAGUGCAUUCGAAGACCUUGACGCGCUGAUGACUUCCGCGAAGGAGAUCAUAGCUCUGGCGGAACAAUUCGCAUCGCAGGCCAAUCUAGGUACCAACGGUAGCUCGGAAGCCAACACGCUGGCAUCCCAAUCCGCUUCCGCGCUUGGUCUGGUAACGACCAAGGACAUGCUCGGUACAGGUUCUGGGUCUGAGUCGCUGUACGUAUCAGAACUAUCAAGGAACUUGGCUGAAUGGCUUACGGACGACACCCGCGGCAUACUCAAAAGAGAGGGCGGUAUUAUGACCUUGGUAGAUUUGUGGGCUGUCUUCAACCGUGCAAGAGGUGGCGUUGAGCUCGUUAGCCCGGCCGACUUUGAGAAGGCAGCCCGAAUGUGGGAUACAUUGAAGCUUCCCGUGCGUCUCCGCAAGUUCAAGAGCGGGCUCCUCGUUGUUCAAGGACGCGAUCGCACUGAUGAAAAGACUAUCGCAAGUCUAUUAGCCUGGCUAAAGACACUGCAUCAAACGCCACCAAAUAUGGACGUCACUUGGGAUUGGCAAGCAUUUGGCAGGGGUGUCACAGCUCAAGAGACGGCAGAAAGAUUCGGUUGGAGCGUCGGUGUUGCGACGGAAGAGCUGGAGAUGGCUGAAGAAGCGGGCGCACUUUGUCGCGAGCAAGGUAUUGAUGGGUUCAGAUUCUGGGAGAACUGGCUGGUCAAGAUGCCCGAAGUUAUUGCCAACGUGUAGUCAAACAGAAUGGAACACGCUCUCAUUCGCUCACAAAAGGAGCAUGUGCAAGGCUUUUGCUGGCACUUCUAUGGUAGUAAAUGACAACCUUCCACCUC